AGUGGUGGGAGAACGACGGCUUCGUAGGCGCCAACCCGGACAGUCCACGCCUAUGGUGCCAGCUGCACCUAGCUAAGCUCCAGGAGUUAGAGUGUUAUGUGUUCACUGAGGAUGAAGCAUGGCUGGCCACCAGGAUGUAGCCGCUAAGAGGGGGUGGUUCGAGAUGCGGCGACCAGCCAGCGUAAUCUCGUGACAACAUGAAUAACUCGUUGGCGUUGAACCGAACCGAGGAUCACACCUACACCGUCACUCAGAUCGUGCUGAUCGGCACGGUCGCCGGACUACUGUCGCUGAUCACCGUGGUCGGCAACAUAAUGGUGAUGGUCUCGUUCAAGAUCGACAAGCAGUUGCAGACCAUCAGCAACUACUUCCUCUUUUCGCUCGCCGUCGCUGAUUUUGCCAUCGGUCUCAUCUCGAUGCCCCUUUUCACAGUCUACACACUGCUGGGCUAUUGGCCGCUAGGGCCUCACGUGUGUGACACGUGGCUAGCGCUCGACUACCUCGCCAGCAAUGCCUCGGUGCUUAACCUGCUCAUCAUCAGUUUUGAUCGCUACUUCAGCGUCACCCGCCCGCUCACCUAUCGUGCAAAGCGCACGACCAACAAAGCGGCGGUCAUGAUAGGGUCGGCUUGGGGGAUAAGUUUGCUGCUUUGGCCGCCGUGGAUCUACAGCUGGCCCUAUAUUGAGGGUGAGCGCACGGUGCCGAACAACGAGUGCUACAUUCAGUUCAUCGAGACAAAUCAUUACAUCACGUUCGGCACGGCGAUUGCCGCCUUCUACGUGCCCGUCACAGUCAUGUGCUUCCUCUACUGGCGGAUAUGGAGGGAGACGGAAAAGCGACAGAAAGAUCUGCCUAACUUGCAAGCGGGCAAGAAGGACAGCAGUAAACGCAGCAAUUCCAGUGUGUAUGUCUGCAGUGACGAGGCGAAUAAUGCUUGCUCGGUGGUGGAACCAGAGGAUUGGCGACGCCCCCGGUCCGAGUCUUCAACGGGAGCUGACAACGACUCGGUCUACAUGCAUAGCUCCGUCUGCGUGGACACUCAACGACGGCGCACGUUAGCAGCACAAUAUCAACGACGCGUAGGUUGGUUCGCAUGGUUCUAUAGAAUUCGCGCUUGGUGUGUGGCGUGGUGGCAUUCGGGCAGAGAGGAUAGCGAUACCGAAGAAGAAAGCCCCAGCGAACAGGGCCAAGGGUGCAUCACUCCCGUGUCCCUCGACACACCAUUACAGAGCUCUGUUUCACGUUGCACUUCGCUGAACGUAAUAAGGGACCCAUAUGCGACGGCACAGUCCCGGGAGCUGGCUGUCGUGCAGGCGAACAUGACGCCAACUCGCAUGGCCGCCCGUGACUCCCGUAGCCUCCCCGCCGCCAACCGCCUUGCGGGCAAGUCGAUGUCCUCUGACAGCGUCUACACUAUCCUGAUCCGGCUACCCGGCGACCAGCCGAGCGCAGGUGGCACCAGCUGUGACGAAGGCCCUUCGAUCAAAAUGAUCCCUGAAGACGGCGCGCCGCCGCCGCGACCCACCACAGAGUACACCAGCCAAGCUAACCAUCAUCUCAACCGGCGGCCGUCGGCUAUGCCUGACAUCCGGAUCCCUCUCAACGCCAAGAUCAUCCCCAAGCAGCUGGCCGGCAAGACGCUGCUUGCGAAUGCGACUAAGAACCAGGGCAAGAAAAAGAAGAAAACACAGGAGAAGAAAGCUGACCGCAAGGCGGCCAAGACACUCUCCGCCAUCCUGCUCACGUUCAUCGUCACAUGGACGCCGUACAACAUUCUGGUGCUACUCAAACCAGUCACCUCUACGCAGCGUAUCCCGCCCAUCGUUUGGGACUUUGUGUACGCGCUGUGCUACAUCAAUUCGACCAUUAAUCCGAUGUGCUAUGCGCUCUGCAAUGCGAGUUUCCGCCGAACGUACAUGCGCAUCCUGCGAUGCAAGUGGCACAAUCGGAAUCGCGCUGCAAUGAACCGCGGUUUCUACAACUGACGUUAUCACGCGAUACCUAACAAACAACCUCAAAUACACCUCCUAUAUCUAAACAUGACAUCUUUUGCGUUCAGUGGCUAAACCGUUCUUAUUUAAACCAUCGCAUCACAACCCACGAAACCAUCAAAAUAAAACCAAGUAUAAAAUAUUAAAUAUUCACCUAUAUCGAUGUUUCUAACGUAUUUCCCACCAAAUCCGGCAUGCUGAAGAAUUAGAAGAAGCCAAGAUCAGGAUGCACCGGAACAUAUACUGGAGACGUAACCAAAUAUGUAAGAACAAAAGUUUUUAUAUUUGUACACCGCUCAAAUCGUGUUUUAAAACGUGCGCGAGAGGACUGACUAAUCGUAGUAAAUCAUAUUUAAAAAGAAAUCACAAAAUACCAAAAAGAGCAAACAACACGAGGGAGAAACGUAUUUAUACAUAAUAUAAAGAUUUUUGAAAUUUAGAGGCUGUGUGUUAGUUUUAGUCCAACAAGUUUUAAUGUCGUGGCAAGACCAAUCUAUGGACUCUUGAUACAUUACUAUACAUUCUACAUACAUACAUACAGAUACAUAAUGCGUAAACAAGAACAACAUACAAUUUAUAGAUAUAUAAAACAGGAUGAUUAAAUACUCAAGCCCGUCUUCCACAAAAUAACAGAUGAAUCGAUCAAAUCAGACGAAACUGAAUUGAAACUUGAAUUCAACUCAAAGUAACAAAGUUUCGAGCCUAAAUAUGUGUCAACGUACUCGUACAAACUUCGAUGCUAUAGAUUCACCAUUUUAAUGUUACCGUUCAGUCCGGUUGCAAAUACAAACUACGUACUGAACCACCAAUCGCUUCGUAGCGCCUCAAUGUCUAGCGAAAAUUGUGUUAGGAAGCAAUAAUUAAUUAAAAAUAACAAACGUUGACGUUUCUUUUUCUGUGCGUUGUCUCCACGUGAAGAAUGAACAGAAAUAUGUAAUAUGCACACAGGACCGGGCCACAAAACAAGUAAUUUUUCAAAAUUGCAUUGUUUUAGAAAUUUAAAUACAAAAUAAUUUUCUUUAGUUUGAUGAUUUUAUUUGUUUUACGCAACCUUUUUUGCACUGCUGCAUUUACGGUUGCGGAUAAACUCAACACAGUGUUGCCAAACCGUUUACUUUGCGUGUAAUAAAUAACUUGUUCUCUGCCCAAUCCUGUAUAUAUAUAUAUAUGAACAGAGGAGCAUAAUGAAGGAUACACACAAAUAAAUGUUUUAAUAUCAACGCCUCUUUAUAUAAAGCAUAGAAGAAGAGCAGAAAAUCGAACGCAUGGUGCCAAAUAUUAACGUAAUAAAAAUGUCAUAUUUUGUUGGGUAUUUAUGAUUUUCUCCCGAGCAAGAGCAACAAGUCGCAUGAACCGGCGACCAAAACCACACACGAUCAUGAGUAAACAAAUAUACAUAUUGCGUACUAAUAGUGGAUAUUGAUGAAUAAAUAUAUGAAUAUAUGAAAUUAUAUUAUAUACGAAAACAAAAACUAUAUGAAUAUAAAAAAUGUGCAAAUACUAUAUUUAUUGGAAACAAAUGAAUAACUAAACUACCACGUGUACAAUUUGACAAUCUUUAAUCAUCUGGAUGUUUGCUCUGUAAAAUAAUAACAUUUUAUAUAUACACAUUCAUUGAAAUAUUCACUCAAUUCAAGAACAAACGUUUUUCAGUUUUUGUUGACUUAGUUGGUAACCAACGCACUUUCACCCCUUCGUUUUAUGAAUUGUUGAAGGUAUUUGAGCUUUAAGCAGCAAUUUUAUCUCCAUGUUCAUGCUGUGAACGCUGAGCACGUAAUUGAAAGCAGAAGGACUCGGCUCAAAGCUCGCGAGGUGUGACUGAAUUACUUCCACUCGUUCUGCCUAUCCUCAUUUUCAUCCGAAUCCUUGCAGACACCUGCACCCGGCGCAUCCAGGUUUAUUUCACUUCUACUCUGAAAUUUACCCUAAAACUAUUAAGUUGAUGAUCCAUGUGACACACAAACAGUCUGUAAAUUCACUUUCAUCCAAGUGCGUUAUUUUUGAUUCAAUUAACACAUAUUAAUUAUGAUAACUCAUUGGUCAUUCAUUACAAAGUGUAUUUUAAGUGCUCGAGGAGGAAAUGUUUAUAUGACAAAAAUUCAAAAGCAAGUUUUAUGACAUUUUAACAAUUUACAUAACAACAAUGACAUUAUUACAUUAAUUAGUUACUUAGCGAUACUCGUCGACGGCGGAGCUACCAUUGAACACUGUGUGUUUUUGGCAUAUUUUUAAGCAUAAAUACGUCACAUAAAUCUUAUGUUUCUAUGUGAUUUUUGAGUAAUUUGUACUUGUAAUUCAUUCUAAUUACAUAUAGGAUGUGUAUUUGGUGUACAAGAAACUAUAGGUGCUAAAUUUUGUAACCUUUAAAUGACAUAAGACAAGGAGAAAAACUAAUUGUAAUGAUUAAACGUGAAACAUAGAUUAUAAUUACCAACAAAUACCAGAAAUGAAUGAAGUUGUCAAAAAAUAUUGUAAAUGAUGCGAAUAACCGUCUAAACCAAUAAAUUUUAACUUUGUCUUGAUUGAUAUUGAUGUAUAAAAUUAUUGUAAAUUACUUUCUUAUAUUUGGUCAGAAAUAUUUGAACGUUUGAAUAAAAUUUACCAGAAAACAGUUUAAUAUUAUUUUAAUUAAUUGCCUUAAACUUAACUGGCAAUAAAUUAUAAAAAAUGUAUGAAUUUUAGUAAAACUGUUAUUGUUAAGCAAUACUGACAUUUGACUCAUUGUUAUUUUCAAAUAUAUAUAUUGAUUUAUUUAUUUAUUUAUAUAAAAAUUGAAUUGGUUUUCUGGUAAAUUUAAUAAUCAUAUAAUUACAUUGUAAAUUGUAAAUGAAAAAUUGUUCAUAAAUAUAUAAUUUAAAGGAAAAUCAUUUUGAAGUAAAAUUGCAAACGUAAAACUGAAAUAUGAACACUAAAAACUGAUAUGAUAAGAAUAUACAUUAUGAUAACGAUGGUAAUGAUGGUUAAUGAGGUAUUAAGAUGAAACAAACCCAUGGGGACUUUCAAUGUAACUAUUUACGCACAUUAGGUACAAUUUAAGGAUAAAUAUGAUAUUAAUGUGUAAUAUAAGUACUUAUACAAAAAAUACAUACACGUUGGGAGGGCAUCCGAGAAUGAUUGACCUUUGACAUUCAACCUGACGACGAUGACAUUAACCGACGAAGAUAUUUUCAAUCAUUUGCAGUGAAGAAUUUGAUAUGAACGAUUAAAGGUUAGAGGGAAAUUGGUUGUGAAUGUAGAAAACUUGGGAAGUUCUGACAAACAUUAAAAGCUUUAAUUAUGUAUUAAUAAUUAUAUUUUGUUGGCAAAUUCGGACGAUUAAACAUGACUCUGACCUUCGACAGACAACAAACAUACGACAGUUUUAAUAACUUAGUUUUAUUUAAUUUCGUCGACAAUUUAAAAGUUAUCGUUUGUAAUAUUAAAUUAACCGUAACAUGAAUUUAUAAUUAACACCUAAUGAAAACAAAAACACUAAUUAACAAAGUUAUUAUAAAUACUAUAAUAAUACAAGCUAAUAAAGACAACAAUAUAUUUAAAUAAAUGAUAGUGGUUUGUAAAUGAUGUUAAUAAAUAAAAUGUUGUUUUAUAUAUUUAAUAUUUACUAAUAAUAUACAUAAUUUAAAAAUUAACCAGCGGUGAAAAUUAUAACUGAUAAGUUUUCCAGAUGCCAUAGAAUUUUUAUGAAACCGAAUCAAAUGCUUUUGUUGAUCAUGUUUUUGAUGGACUGAUGACAAAACGAUGCAAAUAUUCAACUACCCAUUAUUGCUAAAUAAAUUAUUUUGCCAAAAAUACAUCAUAACCAACUAUAAGCAAUUCAAAACGCAUACGGGUAUUCUUUUUAUAAUUACAUUUAUGUUCAUUGACAUCAAUAUGUGUAAUUACCAAAUUAUAAAUAAAACACAAUAUAUUAUUAUCAUGAUUAUAA